AUGGAUUAUAAGGAAGAACAGAGACAGGAACUAGAAGUCUUAGAAUCCAUUUACCCUGAUGAGCUGAGGAUCUUAAACGAUGAGUACCCUAAGAUUAAAUUCGAGGUAGAUAUCAAGUUGGAGCUGGAUACGGGCGAUUCCACUUCACCUUUAACCAAAGAACACACCAUAGUUAGUGGGUUUAAGUUUUCGGAGAACUACCCUGACGAACCAUGCAUGAUUUCUUUGGAAGCUCAAGAAGUAGCCCUCAAUGAUGGCGAAGAAGACGAAGGCGGGGAUGAAGAAGAGAUUGAGUACGACGAUAAUGGCAAUAGAAUACUGAAGAAGUUUGAAAACCUGCCAGAUAUGGUUAGCUUCAAGGGAUAUUUGCCUGAAUUAACCGUACAGUUGGAAACGCAAAUCGAAACCGACAUGUUACUGGGCAUGCAGAUGUGUUUCGCGUUGAUUUCAUCAAUCAAGGAGAAAUGUGAACAGUGGUAUAGCGAGCAAUUGAACAAGCUCGAGAAACAACACGAUUUGGAGGCACAAGAGCGAGAGAAGAAGGAACAGGCCAAGUUCCACGGUACAAAAGUCACAAGAGAAUCGUAUUUGGAAUGGAGGUCUGAGUUCCGUAAAGAACUGAAACUGGACGAAAGAGACCAAGUGAGAAGAAUGAAGGCCCAUCACGGGAAACUGACCGGGAAGCAAAUGUUCGAACAAGGUGUGGUGGGCACGGGCGACGAGUACAUGGAAGAGGAUGGCGCGAGCGUGGAUGACGUAGCCAAGGGACUUGCCAAGACUGAAAUAGUAAAUCAAUGA